AUGAGUAAGUCGCUCCUUGCUCUGGGAGGAAAGCAGAGGCAGAGGCAGAUGGAGGGACGCAUUGUAAUUAAAAUGGUGUGCCUGGCGUUGGCAUUUGGGUCAUUUUCUGUUAAGAAAGGGAGAGUAGUAGCAGAGGCAGAGCUGACAGGAGCAGGUCAUGGUGAUGGUGACAAGAGGGAUGCGGAAGCUCUUCUGUCAAUCAAGAGCGCCAUUACUGUCGACCCACUGCAAUCUCUCUCCACCUGGACUGCAAACACAUCAUCCAGCCUGUGCUCAUGGAAUGGGAUUUGGUGCAGAAAGCAUACCAACAGAGUAGUGGCCAUCAUUCUUCCUCAAUUGGGAUUGGAAGGUACCAUUUCUCGCUCCAUAGGAACCCUCUCCUUACUGCAAACUUUGAAUCUCUCAGUCAAUUCUUUCACUGGAAGGAUUCCACCUCAGAUUGGCCGAUUGAAAGAGUUGAGGGUUCUCGACCUCAACACUAAUAAUCUCAUGGGUUCCAUCCCCACUUCUCUUGCUAAUUGCACACACAUUCAGUGGAUCGGGCUUUCACAUAACAACUUGACAGGGAGCAUACCGGAAGACUUUGGUGGCCUGAAAAACAUACAGCAUCUCCGCUUGUCCUACAAUGGUUUGGGUGGAAGCAUUCCAAAUUCUCUGGGGAACUGCACUUCUCUGUUGCAUUUGACCCUUGCGUACAACUUCUUGACGGGUGGCAUUCCAUCUGAAGUGGGGAGAUUGAGGAAAUUGCAAUACUUUUCCCUGCGGUCCAACAGGUUGAAGUCUCAAAUCCCUGCAGCUCUGGGUAAUUGUUCUUCUCUUGAGAUACUGUUUCUGUCGGGUAACUCACUGAUCGGCAAUAUAACACCUGAACUGGGAAAUUUGAAACAGCUUCUCCAAUUAUCACUGUAUGGCCCUGGCAAUCUUACAGGCUCUAUCCCUGCAGAAAUAGGGAAUUGCAGCAAUCUUGUGUGGCUUGAUGUUGGAAUGAACCUAAUUAAGGGACCAUUGCCCAUUACUCUUGCAAUGCUUCCUCUCUCCACACUUUCUCUAGUUGAAAACCUGUUUGAAGGAGAACUACCAGAAGCCCUUUUCAAUAUGACCCAAUUGACCAAGUUAGAUAUAGGUGCAAACAAGUUCAGAGGAAUCAUUCCCCCAGGAGUUGGAAAGUUAACAGCGUUGAACUUUUUGAAUUUUGGUACAAAUAGGCUGACAGGUAGCAUGCCUCAAGAAAUAACCAAUUUGACCCUACUUGAAAAUCUUUACCUCGACACAAACAAUCUGACAGGUCCUCUUCCAAAAGACAUAGAAAGGCUCCAAUCUUUGAAAAUUUUGUUUCUCUUUUCCAACAAUUUAAGUGGAUCUAUACCAUUUAGGAUCAGUGAACUCAAGAAUCUUACUCAGUUAGCCAUCCACAGCAAUAAAAUUUCUGGGGCUAUUCCUGAAAACAUUGGCAGUUUGACUUCGCUGGAGAAACUAGAUGCAUCUGAUAAUCAGCUGGUGGGACAAAUCCCUCAAUCCAUGGGCAACUGCAAGUCUAUAACCGAUUUGAUAUUGAGCGACAACUUUUUGUCUGGAAGAGUUCCAGCAACAUUGGUUAACUGCACAGCGUUGAGGAGACUAAAGCUGUCUAGGAACUCAUUGUAUGGAGAUAUACAUAUUGAUUUUUCUUCUUCCAUAGAAAUUCUGUCUGCAUAUUCUAAUAACUUAUCUGGCACCCUGCCUGCAUUGUUGGGCAAUUUUACGCAGCUCAAGCUUCUGGAUUUCAGCAAGAACAGAUUUACAGGGGAGCUUUCUUCACACCUUGCAAAUUGUCAAGAGUUAAGGGUUCUAAGUCUUGGCUCUAAUGAAUUUGAGGGUCAUAUUCCUCUAUGGAUCACAAACCUUACCAGCUUGCAGGUGUUAGAUUUAUCCAACAAUAAAUUUGUGGGAACAAUUCCCUCUUUUCUGCAGGGCCUGCAGGGAUUUGCACACCCUGAAUCUUCGAAAUUGAUUGGUGUGAUGGCUAAUACACUCUAUGAGGAAAUACCAGUAAUAAUCAAAGGAAACCAGUACAUACUCCAGUACGUGUUGGCAGCAAACACCAUAUUAGACUUGUCAAAUAAUGAUUUGAGUGGGGAAAUACCUCUGAGCAUCGGGAGUCUGAUUAGCAUGAGAUUGUUAAAUCUGUCUGGAAACCAUUUGGAAGGAAACAUUCCAGCAUCCUUGGGCCAAAUAUCAACUCUGGAACAGUUGGACUUGUCUCAAAAUAGUCUUACUGGGAAAAUACCAGAGGAGCUCUCUAAAUUGUUCCUAUUAGCCUACCUGAAUGUUUCCUUCAAUAGUAUAUGUGGGCUAAUCCCUAGAGGAGCACAGUUUUCCACUUUCAGUGAGAGAUCAUAUUUAGGAAAUCCUGAGUGUUUAUGUGGGUACCCUUUACAAAGUUGUAAAAAGAGUACAUCUCCAACCAUGGCUAUACCUUCAAAAACGGUGGAAAAAUCAAUGUGGACUAAGGUGGAUGAGCAGGUGUCUGUGAUUGGUGUAGGGUUAGGGUUUGGAAUUGGAUUUGGUGCAGUAAUAUGGUCAAUAAUAGGGUGGGAAAGACCAAGGCAUGUGUUAUUAGGUUCUGUAAUAUAG